UCGAGGCGAGCGUUGGGCUCCGCCGCGCCGCGCUGGGUGCUCGGUUUGCUUUAGCCGUGCGGAGCGAGCCAGGCCUCCCGCCGCCGCCUCCGCGUCGGGCUAUCGCAGCUCCGGGCCAGGCCCCGGCGGGGGCAGGAGCGCAGGGCUUCUGUUAUGCACCUAAAGCCAUAUUGGAAACUCCAGAAGACAGAGCACCCUCUGGAAGUCAACAGGGAAACACUGAGAACUCCUAUAAGCCUCCAAAAGGCCAUAAAUGAUGAAAAAUGCAAAGCUAGGUACAUGAAACCAAGUGUUUUUCCUUCAGCCUCUCUUGGUAAAGCAUCAUCACGAAAGCCUUUUGGGAUCCUUUCUCCAAAUGUUCUGUGCAAUAUGAGUGGGAAGAGUCCUGUAGAGAGCAGCUUGAAUGUUAAAACCAAAAAGAAUGCACCAUCUGCAACUAUCCACCAGGGUGAAGAAGGACCACUUGAUAUCUGGGCUGUGGUAAAACCUGGAAAUACCAAGGAAAAAAUUGCAUUCUUUGCAGCCCACCAAUGUAGCAAUAGAAUCGGAUCUAUGAAAAUAAAAAGCUCCUGGGAUAUUGAUGGGAGAGCUACUAAAAGAAGGAAAAAAUCAGGAGAUCUUAAAGCAAAGAUACAGUUAGAAAGGAUGAGAGAAGUCAACAGCAGGUGCUACCAGCCUGAGCCUUUUGCAUGUGGCAUUGAGCACUGUUCUGUGCAUUAUGUGAGUGACAGUGGGGACGGGGUCUAUGCUGGGAGGCAUCUGUCAGUUAUACAGAUGGUUGCUUUCCUGGAGCAAAGAGCCAGUACUCUACUAGCUAGUUGUGCAAAAAACUGUACAAACUCACCUACCGUUGUGAGGUUUUCUGGCCAAUCCAGAGGUGUGCCCCCAGCCUCCGAGCCCUUCUGUGCCCCAGGAGCUUGUGAAGAACCCUCGGAAAGGGGAAAUCCUGAGGUUGGUGAACCACAGAGUGAACCAGUUCGUGUCCUCGACAUGGUAGCCAGGCUGGAGUCAGAGUGCCUCAAGCGGCAGAACCAGCGUGAGCCUGGGAGCCUCUCAAGGAAUAAUAGCUUCCGUCGAAAUGUGGGCAGGGUGUUGCUUGCAAAUGGCACUCAGGAUGAUGAAGGUAAAACAAGAAGAGGCACCUUGGAGGCACCUGACACUCAGGUACAUCCUGUGGGGUCUGUAUCGGUGGACUGUGGCCCCUCAGAAGCUGACCAUUAUUCUCCUAAGGGGGACCAGGCCUGGGACAGUGCUCCUCAGAGCUGCCCCUCAUUGCCAGCAGGUGUGAGUUUCAUGGACAGUGCAGAACUAGGGCCAGGUCAGCAAACUGCCAUGAAAAACAGCAACAGGUAUGAUGUGGAAAUGACAGAUGAACUUGUUGGGUUACGUUUUCCUUCUCACACCUGUCACCAAGCCACUGAAUUGUCCACAGAUGCUGUUGAUUAUAUGAACACAGAGCUUGUGCUGCUUCCUAGCCAAAAUCCUGAUCAGAGAAGAAAAGAAUCUUUGUGCAUUAGUAUCACUGUGUCCAAGGUUGAGAAUGAGCAGCCUUCUAGUUUAAACUCCUGUGAAGACCCACUUCCAGGGAUGUUGUUUUUUUUGCCACCUGGUCAACACCAGUCAGACUGUUCCCACUUGAAUGAAAGCACAACAGGAGAGUCUUCUGAGGCCAGCCAGCUUGAAGAUGUUGCUAAGAGUGACAGUGCAUCUGAGGAAAAAAGUGUUUCAGCUAAGCCAUUUGUACCACCGGCCUCCUCUGUGGAAAGUACAAUACGUGUGCUGGAGGCAUCCAGUUGGAAGAAGCAGGUAUCUCAUGACUUUCUGGAGACCAGGUUUAAAAUCCAGCAGCUUUUGGAGCCUCAGCAGUACAUGGCUUUUCUGCCCCACCACAUUAUGGUGAAAAUCUUCAGGUUACUUCCCACCAAGAGUUUAGUUGCUCUUAAGUGUACCUGCUGCUAUUUCAAGUUUAUCAUUGAAUACUACAACAUCAGGCCAGCAGAUUCUCGCUGGGUUAGAGAUCCACGCUAUAGAGAGGAUCCUUGCAAGCAGUGCAAGAAAAAAUAUGUGAAAGGGGAUGUGUCCCUGUGCCGGUGGCACCCCAAGCCAUAUUGCCAGGCACUGCCCUAUGGGCCAGGGUACUGGAUGUGCUGCCACCGGUCUCAGAAGGGCUUCCCUGGCUGUAAGCUGGGGCUUCAUGACAAUCAUUGGGUCCCUGCCUGUCACAGCUUUAAUCGGGCAAUCCAUAAGAAAGCAAAAGGGACUGAAACUGAAGAGGAAUACUAAAGUCCACGUGAGAGGCAACAAAAGGAACAAGUUUUAAAACUGCAAAACACCUAGAUAUACCGUUCAAGUGACUGUUGCCUUCUAGCCUCUCAGAGUCACCACUCCAGGAGAAUCUGUACUUAUUCCAUCAGGACUGCCCUUGCUCAGGCGUUUUUAAAAAUUCUUAAUUUACGAGCUGUACAAGAAAAUUGGCCUCAUUGCUUUAUAGUGACACCUCACGUUUGUUCCAGGGUGGUGUCCCACAGUUUGAAUCACUGGAUUGUGAAUAACUUUGCCAGUUUUCCUGCAUCAGAUCCAUCCUCAAAAAAUGAAGACUUGCUAUUAUCAAGGACAUGCAGAAGAGUUUACCACAAACUCUGUAGGCAGUCCCCCAAAAAGGGGUUCCAGAAAUGUUUCGAGCAUUGGCACCGUAUUUGAAAGAAGUGAAUAGUGUCCUAUGAAAAGAAUAGCAGGACUCUUGGAUGAAAAGUAUGCUAAAAAAGGAAAAGUCAGGCACUUUACCUUAGAUAUUGUAUGCUUGAUCCUGUGAGAUUGAUGUUUGUGGUUGGAGAUGGAUUUCAUGCCCUGUGGUGUUUACAGUAUAUAUAAUGGUUGUGUUUUCAUAGGGCUAUGAAAGUGCACAUUAAACCUGAGCGCCUUUACCUUUAGAUGAGUGUUUUGGCCCCUCUGUAAAUAACACAGUGAAAAUCCUGUUGUAUAUAAUGGACAGCUGACUGAACAUAUUCACCACAAUGCAGCUAGGAUAGUGUUGCGGCUACAAUUGUGUUUUUUUAUUGUCUUGUUUCAAAUUUGUAUAUCCUGUGUAAAAUAUGAAUGUUUCCCAAAUAAACUAUGAAUGUUUUUCUGUAUAAUAUAUAAAUGUUUCUGAGAAGAAACUCUAAAUAGUUAAAAGGUUAACCUGUUCAAAGGAUACCAAAUAAUGGUUUAACUGGACAACCUUAAAAUUAGCAUAGAGAACAAUCCCUUGUUAUAUUUUAGUGAUCCACCAAGAAUGAGAGAAUAUUAUAUAGUCAGAAUAUAACAUUCUUGUCUACUCUA